UGUCCAGUGCUGUAAAAUAGAGCUUUACUGCUUUGCUUAAUAAAUUACUUACUGUGAUUAAAUAGCUGACAGCUUACAACAGUCAUACAGCGACAAAGUAAGCAGUCUAUCUAUACUAACUUGCUAUAAGGUUCAGCAAAUCUGUAGACAUAAGCUGCAAUGUAGAGAAUAACAUUCUUAGGAAGUAUAUGACUGACAGAACUUGUCUAGCAAUUCUUAUAGCUGCUGAAAAGCAUGACUUCCUGUUCUGUUGUUCAUAAACCUCCAGUCAGAAGGGUUGCUAUCUUUGGAGGAACUCAUGGUAAUGAAUUAUCAGGGGUAUUUUUGGUCAAGCACUGGCAAGAGAAUGGAGCUGAAAUUCAAAGAACAGGAAUGGAAGUGAAACCAUUUCUUACGAACCCAAGAGCUGUGAAGAAGUGUACUAGGUACAUUGACUGUGACCUGAACCGUGUUUUUGACCCUGAUAAUCUUGGCAGGACAGUGGUGGAAGAUAUUCCAUAUGAAGUGAGAAGGGCUCAGGAAAUCAAUCAUAUAUUUGGUCCAAAAGGUAGUGAUGAUGCCUAUGACCUUAUUUUUGACCUUCACAACACCACUUCUAACAUGGGUGGUACCCUUAUUCUUGAAAACUCCAGGGAUGACUUUACAAUUCAAAUGUUUCAUUAUAUCAAGAAUGCUUUGGCUCCAGAAUGCUGUCCCGUUUUGCUGAUUGAACAUCCUAACUUGAAAUAUGCAACAACCCGAUCUGUAGCAAAACAUCCUGUUGGUGUGGAGGUGGGUCCUCAGCCACAAGGUGUUGUUAGAGCCGAUACUUUGGACAAAAUGAGGAAGAUUGUCAAACAUGGCCUUGAUUUUGUUCAACUUUUUAAUGAAGGAAAAGAAUUUCCACCAUGUACAAUUGAGGUUUAUAAAAUAAUGGAGAAAGUAGAUUAUCCCAGGAAUAAAAAUGGUGAAGUUAUUGCUAUUAUUCACCCUAAACUGCAGGAUCAAGAUUGGCAGCCACUGAACAAUGGUGAUCCUCUAUUUUUAACACUUGAUGGAGAAGUAAUUGCAUAUAAAGGGGACUGUACAGUCUAUCCAACAUUUAUUAACGAAGCUGCGUAUUAUGAAAAGAAACAAGCUUUUGUAAAAACAAUCAAAAUGGAACUCACUGCAAAACAUAUCAGAUCCUCAGUUUUAGACCAGAGUACUUCUUGAAAACUUUUUACAAGUUAUCCUUACAAAUAGUGGAUUUCUUCUCUGUGAAAUUCAGUGCCAUUCAGUAGUUAUUCACAGACUAAAUAUAUACAGAAUCUAAUUUUAAAUUGUAAUUUAAUUAACAUUGUUGAGAACUUUUAAGAUGAAAGAUAAUGUCAUAAUGCUAAUUAUGACUACUUUUUACUUGUUCUAAUAGAUUACUAUAGAUACAAAUAAUAUUUUUAUGAAGUUUGAUAGUUUAUUCUAUAUAAAAUAAUUAUAUGUUAUAUAUUACAAUAUACAAGAUAUAUUGAUGAGUAGCUAUAAAGAAUCUAUCCAGAAUUACAUAGAAAGUAAAAGUUAAGCCCCCCAAACUACAUGAUAAAGAAGAAAAUACAGCAAUUAUUUUUUUUAACUUUUUUUUUUUUAACUUACUGUCUCCACCUCCUGCUUGUAACAUUUCCAAAUAAAGUUUGCAUCAACUGUUGUGCCCUGAAAAGUUUCAAAAAACAAGGCAGGAUUUAGGUAAUUAUGCAGGCUGUGUUGAAGAACAAUGCACUAAUCAUACCUGACUAUAUGAGAAUGGAAAUUAAGAAGAAAUCUGUAUGGGGAGACAUCGGAAUUUCAAGACUGACUUAUUCUGUAUUUGUAGAAAGAAAGCCUGUCAUACUAGCUGAAAAAGAGAAGAAGAUGAGGAUUUAAUUAACUUUUUACAGAUGUUUUAAAUGUAUUUGACAAUAAUCAGAGACAGAAAAAACUUUAAGAACUUUGCAUAAAUUCUGAAAGCACACAAUAAUUAGCUGUUUACUAACUGAUUUGUUACCAACAUAACCCCUAAAGUAUAUACUUCAAAAAGUGAUGUCCUCCUUAUUUGCUACUAAGCCAAAAACCUUUUUAGCUACCUUUGUGUAACUUUACAGAAAUAAAAUAAAAAUACAGGACAGAAUGAGA